UCUGGCUUCCUUCUCGACGAAGUUUGACAAUUCAGCAGUUUAAUUUGCAAAAACUUGAAAGACUUUUAUUCAUUUCAUUUUUUAAUAAAUUCUAUUAGCUUAAAGAGUAUACAUAUAAAAUGUCCGAGAAUAAUGAUACCUCAAACGAAUCAAACAGUCUUGGUAGCGAUUCAAUCUUACAGUCAUCAAGGUUAACUGGUGGUGGUGUAAAUCCGGUUAUACGCUCGGGAGUAUUGCGACCGUCAGUACUUGGUCCUUCUGUUUUGGGUGCAGCAGCGCUGGGCAACAGCAACAACAAUUCGCUUGCCAAUGUGAAUGCAAAUUCGAUUUCCAAUUCAACAGCUACUAGUAAUAAUGGUGAUGAUGAAGAGGACUCUGUAAGCAGCACAACCAAUCAUAAUCCUUUCAUGAGGGAACAGAAAGACGAUGAGGAGGAAGAGAGCACAGAAAAUGAUUCAAAUGCUGCAGAAGGAGCUGUUGGAGGCGAAGCAGCCAAUGAGAAGGCGACGGAAGAGAAAAAGUCGGCAGACGAUGAUGAACCGGAUGAACGAUCAGAUCCUUUAAGCUUGCUUCGCAAAAAUGGGCUCGAACGAUCAAAUCUUUUUGCCGCGGCCAAAAGCUCUAUGCCGCUGGUGGAAAAAUCUGGUUUUGUUUUUGGACAAAAUGUGCAUGAACGAGUUGUUGGCGAGAAUAUCAAUCCUGAUGGUGUACAGAAAGCAGACAAUUCCGAGGCGAGUUGUUCUACUACUGGAGAGUUACUAUUUUCGAGUGUUAUACAAAAUGCAGCAAAAGCAGUGGAGUCUGACAAAGGUGCCACGACAAAAGAGAAUGAAACAAAGACACUAACCGAUGUAGCGCGCGAAUACGAAGAAAGUCGUGCUCAGAAGCGCAAAUACGAGGAGGUGGAGACAUUCACAGGCGAAGAAAAUGAAAUAAACAUUGUCGAUGUAAAUUGUAAGUUAUUUGCCUUCGUCAACAGCAACUGGGAGGAGCGCGGUCGUGGCAGUCUUCGUUUGAAUGACUCCAAAAAUGAGCAAGAAUGCUCUCGUGUUGUAUUUCGAACAUCGGGCAAUCUGCGCCUAUUGCUUAAUACAAAAGUUUGGGCUGGUAUGGUAGCACAACGUCCAAGCAACAAAUCACUGCGCCUUACUGCAAUGGACAAUACUGGUAAAAUCAAAAUAUUUUUAGUGAUGGGGCGUCCGGCAGACAUGGCGCUACUGCAUAAAGAAUUAUUAGAGAGAAUUGAACUCCGAAAAGUAUCACAUCCAGAAGAAUGCCGUGCGCCGACAGAAACGAAAAAUGGUAUAGGAUCAACUGCCAAUCAUGAAGAGGAGGAAAAAGAAGCUGAAGCCACCGCUGUACCAGAUCACGAAGAUUGCACAGAGCCAAGUCCCAAAAAGCCAUUGGUUAAUGAGGGCAAGAACUAAUACAUCGUUUUUAUAAAACAAAAAUCAGAAGUAAUAAAAAUAAUAAACUCUAUUUAAUAUUUGGAAAAGAAAAAAAUGUAAUAAGUAUUUUGCAGAAUUGAAAAUUGAAUGCACACAAGAUGGACUGCAUAAAUACUGUUAAUGAAUUUUAAAAAACUCAAUAUGUCCAAAUUAAGCUAAAAACUGAUCAAAUAACGGUUAUGGCUAAAGGCAAAACAUUGAUUUCUUUUGUACCGUAUAAACAACAACGAAUUAUACAGCGCAGUAGAAAUGUUUUCUAGAUCCAACUAGAAGUUAUACACAACAGUUUAUAAAUAUUUACUAGAUAGUUAGAAGGCGGUAGCAAAAGGGUCGAGCUCAGCGCUAAAAUAUGCAAUGUUGCUGAGUUAUAAUUCAAUUUAUCAGUGAAUACCGUAAUUUAUCAAUUUUUUUUUGUAGGCGUUUUGCGAAUUUGUAGUUCAAAAACGUUUUUCAUAUGCAUAAAUUUAAUUUAUGAUUUUACAUACCAAACAUACAAAAAAUGCAAAUGUCCAAUCAUAUCAUUUUUCAAUUGCAUGUGCUUUAUGUGUGGGAUAUUUCAUUUAUUCUCUAUUAUUAAGCUACCUACCGAUUUUCCAUACAUUUGUGCUCUGCAUAUAAACUACAACAAAAAUAUGUUUAUAUAUACUUUUAAUAAUGAAUUGUAGUAUAAAUGAAAGCAAAGUUGAAAACAAUGAAUAUUUGAAAAGCAUUUGGAAGAAGAAGCAAAUAAAAUUAAAUAAAUUUA